UUACUCAACUACGGCCACACUGUUUUUGGGUGGAAAAUAAAAACAAAGAAAAUCCAUCUUUCCCAGCAGAAUUUAGAAUUUAUUACACAUUUCAACGCCAAAAGCCAGCCAAAUGGAGCCCAACGAUGAGGUGGUCGAGCGCCAGAAGCUGGUCAACGACGUCGAAACGGAGGAGGAAGCCCAGAGCCAGAGUGCCCCCAAAUCAGCCACCCCAGCCUCGCCCGCCGUACCAAAUAUCAAGAUCAAGGGAAUCUCCAGCGGGGAGACCACGCGCAGCAGAAACUCAGCCUCCUGCUCCAUCGAGCGCACGAUAUCCGAGAAGGAGAAGGACAACAAAAGCCAGGGUCAGGGCCAGGCGGCCACCAAGGUGACAUAUGUGAACGAGCGGCGGCCACGCCCACAGGCGCAUGCGGGGAGUGGCGGCGGCGGCGGCGGAGACGAGAGAUUCGAGUUCAAGACACGGCCGCGCAAAUUGCUCAAAGAUCGUGACCCAUUGGAGCCCACGCACAGUAGUGCCAACAGCCUGAAUGCCAUCACCUUGGUGAGCAGCGAGUGGCUCUCGCCUGAUCCCACAACCACGAACAACAACACCACCCACACCCCCAAGAACAACAACAACAAUGAUAGCACAAAACCCAACAAUAACAAUCAAGCGAGUAAUAGCAAUCAGAACACACCGCGAUCGCAGCGCCGCAAGAAUGCCCCAGCUGCGAUGCCAAGUGCCAGUGUCCACAGCGCCAAGUUCGACGAUCGCCCAAUAAAACACCAUUCCUUUGUCUCCGAAGUUCCCGAUGUGAAGCACAUGGAGCGAGCCCUGCUAGGACUGCUGGAUGAUUUCCACUCCGGCAAGCUGAAGGCUUUCGCAGGUUCCGGCUGCACCAUGGACCAGAUGACCAAGAUCCGCGAGCAGCAGGAGAGCCUGGCCAAACUGCAUUUCGAGCUGGCUGCCGCCGAGGAGGACUCCCUGGAGCACGGCAACGAGUUCAACACCAACAAGGCGCAGGAGAACAUGCUGCAGCUGAUGCAGCGCCUGGAGCAGCUGUCCAUUUCCAUCGAGCAGCUGCAGACGAGCCACACGGGUCUCUGAGACUCGGCCCAGCCGCAGGCCUGGGAUCAACGCCUGCUCUGGCUCUGAGCACAUCGCAAACUAUCGGAGCUAAGCAAACACCAAAACGGAAAUGGGAAACCUUUGGAUCUGGGAGUUUUACACGAGAUUGGCGGGCGAUCAUCUGGGAUUUUGUGUAUAUAUUUUAAGUUGUACGCUUAAGUGGGUGGACUCGAUGGGCUUCUUACUGCUAAAUAGUUUAGCAAACUCGCAGUGAUUGUGAAACUAAUUUAGAUUGUCUUCGCAUAGCCAUAGCAAUAGCAUUAAAUUAUAAUAGACGGGCGCCAGCGGCGGUGGUGCUAAAAUGAUUCAUUUACAUUACACUUCGAUUUGAUAAUUGCGUGCUGCAGGCUGUCAGGCUGUCAGGCCUUGAUUACGAUGAAGAAUCUGUUCUGCUUAUUGUUUGUUAUAGUUAUUUGCAAUAUAUAUAGAAACACCCAAUCAUAUACAUGUACGAAACUCGGAACCUAUUAAAGUUAUCAUUUUUAUAAUGCAUAUAAAGUGA